AAGAACAUUGUCGUCUCCUGUUGAGAGUUCUAAUUUAUGCUGCUCUCUGCAGCUUUCUUCGUUAGACUUGACAACACGAACAUCAUAGCACCACGAACGGUCUCGUGCCUGUGUGUGUGUGUGCGACAGUGUGCUCGUAUGUUAAAUAUCGUCACCGUUUAACAGAAAUUAUCUCUUACCGCGAACAUCCAUUGUGUGAGUGCAUGUGCUUUGAGGGCCAGACAGGAAUCUCAACAUAUCAUUCAGUUGCGCGCCGUCGUACGUUGCGGACGCACGUAUCCGUUAGUUGACUAUAGCGCGUUCUUAUUGUUUUCUAACCAAAGGAUUUACAAUUAAUUUUUGGAAAGUGUUUUGAAUUGGAUAUUGAAAAUUGAAAGAUUACAAAACAAUCGAAAAAAAAAUUUAAUCAGUAAAAAAAAAUUGUUCCGGGUUUUUCACUUUUGAGUUCCUGUCUUUUUUAAGUUUAUUUGACUAUGGGUGCGAUGUCGGUUCGUACACCCAUAGCCAAUCAACAAUCAGCGAAAAGCCUUUGGAAUAUGUCACUGUUGUGGAAGCUAUUCACAAUUUUGGUCAUCCUACAAGCUUGCGGAAUAAAUGCUAAGGAAUUACAAAACGACUUAUCCUUUGAUGACACCUUCGACAUUGAUCAAAUCGACGAUUCAAAAUUGCGCAGUUCCCGCGACCUGGAAGAGCAAGCCUUCAUCGAAGAUGAACUCCAGCCGGUAGAUGAGGCCGAGGCCAACAGCGAAGGCAGUUGGCUGGUGCAGAGCGUUAAACGUGUCCGCCGUGAGUUGGGACGUUUGUUCGGUGCUGAGAACAAACAAGCCGCUGCCGGUGGCAACAAGGUACGCAAACAUCACAAAAAACGUUCGGAACGUAAUCAAGCUGCCGGUGCUGCCGCUGGAGGUAAAAAGACUCAUUCCGAGGGCCACAAGAAAGCCCAACAAAAUGGUCAUACCAAACAGGCCAAUGGUGCUAAAUUGCAAACGAAACCAAAGAGAAAUCACAAAUUGCAAGCCUUGAACCGCCACAAGAAACGUCAAUUGUUCGGCGAUGAGAAUGAGGGUUCCGGCUUCGGCAAUGGUGAUGAUGAAGAUGCGCCCAUUGAUGAUUUUGGUGAAACUGAUUUGUGGGAGGCCUACGUUGUUGUCAACCUACCCUGGGAUGAUGCCUAUGAGGAUAAGACCAGCGAGGAAUUUGCCGCUUUGCAGUCCCAAAUCGAGGCGGCCUUUGUUGAGUGGUUCGAUGACGAAUACGGCUAUGAAGAGUUUGCCCUGCAUGUGGCCCUCAUGAAUGCCAAACGUACCGAUGACUACUAUCGCAUGCACUGUACCAUCCAAAUGGACUUGCCCGAGAAAUUCGGCAGCUUUGCCCAACGGGUGCAACAUCAAUUGACGUCCUAUCGCAAAAUGGCCGAUUUGGGCAUGGAAGCCGAUGACCAGUUCUAUUUCAGACGUGUGAGAGAUUUGCAAAAUCAUGAUUUCGUCGAUGUCACCGAGUCUGGCCAUGAUGCUCAAGCUCAUAAUAAUGGUGGUGGUGCAGGUGCUGGUGCCUAUGAUGGCCAUGAUAGCAACAACAACAACAAUGGUUACUACGAUCAAGGACAUGGUUAUGAUGCCAAUAAUCAGGACAAUGGCCAUGGCUAUUAUGAUCAGGAAAAUGCUGGACAUGGUCAUGAGGAUGGCCACACCAAUGCCUAUGACAGUACCAAUGCCUAUGAUAACGACAACAACAACAACCAUGGUUAUGAUGAUAACAACAACAACAACAAUGGCUAUGAUGUUUAUGGCAACAAUAAUGCCUAUGAUCCCUAUGGACAUGGCAGCACUGAAGACAACAACAACAACAACAAUGGCUAUGACAACAACAAUGCCUAUGAUCCCAAUGAUCCUUAUGCCCAGGGUCACACUGAAGACACCAACAACCACAAUGCCUAUGACACUAACAAUGCCUAUGAUCCCAAUGAUCCUUAUGCCCAGGGUCACACUGAGGACAACAACAACCACAAUGCCUAUGAUCCCUAUGGCCAUGGCAACACUGAAAGCAAUGCCUACGACAGCAACAACAACAACAAUGGCUAUGAGGACAACAACAACAAUGCCUACGACCCCUAUGCCCAUGAUCCCUAUGCCCAUGGCAACACCCACGAAGAACCUGAAGAAGAAGACGAAGAAGAAACCGAACAAGAACACGAAGCUCCUCGUCCCAAUAUUAUGGUAUACGACUGUGAUCAAAAUCCCGAUGGUGAUUUCCAAUGUGCCAACGGUGAUGUGAUUCCAUGCUACAAACGUUGCAACAACUAUGUCGAUUGCCUGGACGAGAGCGACGAAGAGCCCGAUAUGUGCAAAGUGGUGUUGGAACGUGAAGAGGAAGAAAUCGAAGAAAGCACCAAUGAGGAUGAGGACAACUGGGGUUCAUGGCCAAAUGUCAACAAAGAAACAAGCACCGAUGAUUCUUGGGUUACACCGGAAUCACAUCCUGAUGCCGGACAUCAUGACACCCAUGCCGUUGAAGAAGAGGAAGAAGAAAAAGAAGAAGAGGAGGAAGAACAUUCUCCCACCUACGAAACAAUUGACUAUGAUCGUCCCAUUGAUGCCGAACGUCGUGUGGAAGAGCCCGUCAAUGCCGGCGGCAAUGUCUAUGGCGGUGAAGAAGAUCAUCAUCAUGGCGGUGCUGGUGGCUUGGACAACAACAUUUUCGAAUCAUCCGGAGAUUACUCGCCCGUCACUGAAACCAGUGCCGUCUUUACACCACCCACUGGCUGUCGUGGCGAUUCGACCUACACCUGUCGCGAAAGUAAUGUUCAAAUCUGUGACGAACAUUUGUGCGAUGGUGUGGAACACUGCCCCGAUGGUGAAGACGAACUGAACUGUGGCAGCGACGAUGAGUUCAACUAUGAAAAGGUCUGCUCAGCUAAUGAGUUUAUGUGCGAUCAACGUUGUUUACCCAUGGAAUAUCGAUGCAAUGGUUAUAAUGAAUGUAACGAUGGUAGCGAUGAGAGGGAUUGUCCAGAAAAAGGUAUGUAAAGUGGAAACGAAUAU